AUGCCUAUUUAAUUUGCAAAAGGCAAAAUUGACAAUUAAAUUGGUGAUGAAGGUGCAUCAAGUUUAGGUUCUGGUUUAGCAAAUUACAUUAAUCUCAAAAAUUUGACACUUGAUCUUAGUUACAAUUAAAUUGGUGCUAUGGGUGCGUCAGGCUUAGGUUCUGCUUUAGCAAAUUGCAUUAAUCUCACAAAUUUGACACUUAAUAUUGAUUACAAUAAAAUUGGUGAUGAAGGUGCAUCAGGCUUAGGUUUUGCUUUAGCAAAUUGUAUUAAUCUCACAAAUUUGACACUUGAUCUUCGUUACAAUGAAAUUGGUGGAAUGAGUGCAUCAGGCUUAGGUUGUUCUUUGGCAAAUUGCAUUAAUCUCUCAAAUUUGACACUUAAUCUUGAGAAGAAUUAAAUUGGUGCAAUGGGUGCAUUAGACUUAGGUUCUGCUUUAGCAAAUUGCAUUAAUAUUUCAAAUAUGACACUUAAUCUUGAGAAGAAUUAAAUUGGUGAUGAAGGUGCAUCAGGCUUAGGUUUUGCUUUAGCAAAUUGCAUUAAUCUCACAAAUUUGACACUUUUUCUUAGUUUGAAUUAAAUUGGUGCAAUUAGUGCAUCAGACUUAGGUUUUUCUUUAGCAAAUUGCAUUAAUCUCUCAAAUUUGACACUUAAUCUUGGGAAGAAUUAAAUUGGUGAUAAAGGUGCAUCAGGUUUAGGUUAUGGUUUAGCAAAUUGCAUUAAUCUCUCAAAUUUGACCCUUGAUCUUAGUUUGAAUUAAAUUGGUGCAAUUAGUGCAUCAGACUUAGGUUUUUCUUUAGCAAAUUGCAUUAAUCUCUCAAAUUUGACACUUAAUCUUGGUUACAAUAAAAUUGGUGAUGAAGGUGCAUCAGGCUUCGGUUCUGCUUUAGCAAAUUACAUUAAUCUCUCAAAUUUAACACUUGAUCUUGGUAGAAAUUUAAUUGGUGAUGAAGGUGCAUCAGACUUAGGUUCUGCUUUAGCAAAUUGCAUUAAUCUCUCAAAUUUAACACUUGAUCUUGGUAGAAAUUUAAUUGGUGAUGAAGGAGCAUCAGGCUUCGGUUCUGCUUUAGCAAAUUGUAUUAAUCUCUCAAAUUUAACACUUGAUCUUUGUGACAAUUAAAUUGGUGAUGAAGGUGCAUCUGGCUUCGGUUUUGCUUUAGCAAAUUGCAUUAAUCUCUCAAAUUUAACACUUGAUCUUGGUAGAAAUUAAAUUGGUGAUGAAGGUGCAUCAGGCUUCGGUUAUGCUUUAGCAAAUUACAUUAAUCUCUCAAAUUUAACACUUGAUCUUGGUAACAAUGAAAUUGAUGCAAUGGGUGCAUCAGGCUUAGGUUCUGGUUUAACAAAUUGCAUUAAUCUAACAAAUUUGACACUUGAUCUUAAUAACAAUUAAAUUGGUGAUGAAGGCGCAUACGGCUUAGGUUGUUCUUUAGCAAAUUGCAUUAAUCUCUCAAAUUUGACACUUGAUCUUAGAGACAAUUAAAUUGGUGAUGAAGGUGCAUCAGGCUUAUGUUCUGGUUUAGCAAAUUACAUUAAUCUCUCAAAUUUGACACUUAAUCUUAGUUUUAGCUCAAUAAGUGAAUCAUAAAAAUUCAAAGUAAUAAGCAAGUGUCUUAAAUCAAAAAGAUUAGUUGUCUUUAAAAUAGAAUUCUGUUGA